AAGUCAAAAAGUAGACAUUCUCCGCAAGCAACAACAACGAGUUAUAGUGCGAAAGUGAGCUUUGUCUUGUGUGUUUUUAUAUUUGUUUGUUUAGUAAAAUUGUAAAUAUUUGCGAUUAAUAUUGGUAUUGAAUAUAAAUAAAAUGGACUGUGAAGACAUGCAAAUGGUAAUUGCUGAGGAGCCAAAUCUUUCAGAACGUAAGGAAGGUGGUAAACGUGGUCGCAAACCUGGACGAAAAGCUUCAACUGAAAAAGUUGAUAUACGAGCCAAACUAGAACGCAGUCGCCAAAGCGCACGGGAAUGUCGUGCACGUAAGAAACUACGUUAUCAAUAUCUGGAAGAAUUGGUAGCUGAUCGUGAAAAGGCAGUUAUCGCAUUACGUGCUGAAUUGGAGCGUUACAAACAAUGGAGCAUGGAGCUCAGUGAAGGCACUGUACCUGAUGGUUUUCAACAGUUAUUUGAAGAAGCUGGAGUUCUUAAAGUAGAAAAAAUUGCAUAAUAUACAAAAACUAAAAGCAAAAAAAUACCUCAAAUAUCUCAAUAACAUUAAAACAUUUGUUGUUAAUUUUAUAUUUGUUAAUUUUUAUUUUUUUAUAUAAUAUAAUUUAAAUUAUAAACUAAAUUCCAAUAUUCUUGUUUUAGCUUUGUUACUUAAUUUGGUUUGUUAUAUUUAAUUAAAUUAUACACAAAAUAUUUGAAUUUAUUAAUUUGAAGUGUUCAAAAUAUUUUUCCAAAUAUACAAUUAAGAUAAAUUGCAUAAUUAAAUUAAAAAGAUAAAUAUGUAUUUUUAAAUAUUCAUUGUAAAAUCAAUUAUAAACACUUAUAUACAUAUGUGUGUAUGAUUAUAUAAAAACGUUAAAUUAGGACGGACAGACAGCACUGUUUUAAAAUCUUUGAAAUACAUUUCUAAUUGCAGAAUUGUUUCUAAUUAUAAUUAAUAAUGA